CUGUGGGGGGCGGCGGUGCGCGCUCAGAGGAAGAAGAAGAAGAAGAAGAAGAAGAAGCAGCGCAGGAGCGUGCCGACGUCACGCGCAGAGCUCAUGAUGGCGGUGGAUUUGACGCCUCGCUUCAGGAGGUUGAACAGCAGAACGAGAAGUUUGCGUGAAAACAUACAUCACGGUGAUUAUUCUCUCCGCAGAAGUGAAUUGAGUACAAUCUCCAAUCCUCUUGCUGUCGGACCAUCAGAUAAGAGGGUUGAGAGGCUGCUGAGGAACAUCAACCUGCGGCCAACCAUGUCACCAGGUUUAAAUACAUCUGCAGCAUCUUCUGUUUUUCUGUCCAAGGCUGUGGUGGAUGAGGUUUGGAAGCAGCAGACGCUGCUGCAACUGCUGCAGAUAGUGGAGUUACCCAUGCUGGACUGCAUUCUCACCUCCAGUGUUGAGCCUCAGGCCUGCAGAGCUCUUCUGACCACCCAGGACCUGGUUAUCUCCAACACAUGCCUGGAGAGAGAGCUGCCCGACGCCCUGAACCUGCCCCAGUUGGAUGGGUGGCUGUCGGCUGCAGCAGACUGUUUGGAGCUCUUCCCCGACCAGCUGAUUGUGUUUGCAGGGGAGCAGCUCCGCCAAGGCAGCGAUGGAACUGCAGAGGAUGGAAAUGCAGAGCAGAUGUCAACCCAGAAGAGACUGCUCUUUGACACCAUUGCCAAGUACUACAGUGGACAGGAAAAAGCUCCACUUCUCUCAGGACGCUACCUGGAUAUACAUGUUGCAAUUCUGAAUCUCCUGGAUGGGGGGAAGGUGCAGGAUUCCAUCAAAGCAUCUCAGUUGUGUUUGCGACUUCUGGAGAGAAGUGUGAGAGAUGAGCUGCGGAGAUUACUGGCCUUCAUGGCCACGGCAGCUCACCCAGAUGCCUGUCGUCUACAGAAACAAACUGAUAACAGGGCCUUGGUAUGCCGCACUUUUCAGAGAGCAGUUGUCCAGAAUCACGAACUGACUCGAUCCCAGAGUGAAACCCUGGUUCUGUUUCUCAUGGACAGUCACACUGAGCUCUUCAAGACCCCUACAUCCCUUAUUGAAGCUGUGCGGAGAACACUGAGGACUAUGCAGCUGGGGAAAGACCCUGAUUCAAUUGCCACAUUCACCUUCUGCCAGCAGGUGACACCGCAGGAGUACGAGGACCAGCGUGAGGCUACCACCCUGGAGAGCCUCAAGCAGCUUCUAUGUGAUAUUUCCUCAAGUGAGAGCAUGUCUGCCAAGGACAAGAGGAGGCUACUCAAAGAGUUCGAAAAGCACCACCCUGUGGUUUUCCUCCAACAUUUCUCCGGCACCUUCUGAAACGUAAAGCUGGAGGGUUUGAUUGUCAAGGUGCACUUGACAAAGCCAGUGUGCGAUGGUACAGCUCUUACACGGAGGAAUGAUACAAUUGUAGCUAGGUCUGUUAAAACAUGCUGGCCUUAUAAUACUGGAUGCUUUAAAAACUGCCAUACUUUUAAAUCUAGUGUGUAUAGAUUGAUUGAUGCCUUAUGUAAAUGUUUCCGCAACAUAGAUGUGUGGCUGCAGCCUCCCUAAUUUCCUUUAAAUCACAGUGAGCGGCAAUAGUUGAGGCUUUAUUUGCAGCUACGCUUCAAGUCUCACAAUGGGUGUUUUGGUUUUUUGAGCAAUACAGAAACUGUAGUGGAGACACAAGGGUCUGGGGGUUAGCACUUUUGCCUCACACAGCAAGAAGGUUCCCGGUUUGAAUCCAAGCUUUGCCAGGCACCUUUCUGUGAGGAGUUUGCAUGUUUUCCCCAUGACUGUGUGGGAUUUCUGUGGGUAUUCCAGCUUCCUCCCCCAGUCCAACAACGUGCAGACAUGGGGACUAGUUGAGUACAUCAGUAAUACUAAUUUUAGGUUGUAGAAAUUCAAGAUUUUUAAAGAGCGAAUUUGUCAUAAGCACCGUGGAUUCUUCUGAAAUGACCAUGAAAUAUAAUUAAGUUAUGAAACAUAACAAAAGGGAUCACUGGAAUAAGUUUUAUCAGCCAUUUAGCCGGCUGGGAAACAGCUAAUGUCCUAACUUCAUUGUGCAAGUUAGGAAAAGCGAUUGUGCACUUUGAUCAGGAAGUAAUAUUCAUACAUAUCAAGUGAAGAAUAUCAUAAAGCAGCCAUUUUGUUUUGGUUUUGAAGUUUUACUGUAGCAUGCUAUUGUGCAUUUGGAAAAAACACUAAUCUAGCUGAAGUUUAACACAGGAUGUAAAUUGUUUUUGUUAGAGGUGAAUCACAAUGUUUCCUUUCUGUGAAAAUGAAUAUGAAAUGUGUGAGUGUCAAGCUAACAGUAGCUCAGGUUAAUAUGCAGUAUAAUAUUUGAAUGGGGAUUUUAGUGACAGUAACUCGGUUGGAUUUGUUUUGAUGAAGUCUUGUUCAUAAAAACAAAAGUUGCUCUCAAAUCUUCAGUCAGCAUCUUUUGUUCUGUGUGCCAACACUAAAAUCAUGUUAGAAUGCACUUUAAAAUGCUGAAACAUGCUUUAUUUUCUGUUCGAAUAAAAUGUGUAAUUAAUCUCAAA